AUGGUGUACUCCCUCACAGCCUCUUUGAAGUCUCAUUUGCUAUCAGAGGAGUCUUCAUCAGAAGAUAGAACAAAUGAUUUUGGUAAGGAUGCCAUGAUGGAAGAUUGGGUCAAGCAGUUUGAGGACCUUGUUGGCUCUCAGGACAUGGAAUCUAUUGUGGAGACCAUGAUGCGGCAACUUCUGUCCAAGGAGAUUCUUCAUGAACCAAUGAAGGAAAUAGGAGAAAGAUAUCCAAAGUGGUUGGAAGAGCAUAAAUCUAGCUUAAGCAAAGAAGACUAUGAUCAUUAUUCACAUCAGUAUGAACUAAUACAGAAUCUGAAUGAAGUCUAUGAAAAUGAUUCUGAAAACUUCACCAAGAUUGUUGACCUCAUGCAUAAGAUGCAAGAAUGUGGACAACCACCGAAUGAUAUUGUCCAAGAGCUUGCUCCCGAUUUUGAUCUAGCCAAUCUUGGCCAGAUGUAA